GGCUCUGACUGGGCUUCAUGUGACUUUUAAGCGAUGUCUAAUAACCACUGCAGUGGAUGUACAGCCAGUUCCUGUCACAGAUAACUCAGCAAGAGUGCCAGAGACACAAUGGCACCCUGCAGUGCUGGAUGAAUUAAUAAUGCUUUGAGGCAUGCCAGCAGUGAAUGGUGGUGACAGUGGUAAAGAAAAAAAAAACUCAGUUUUUUCCUCCAGUUUUGCAGAUCUGAGGAGACUCAAACCUCCAGYAAGCUGAAAGAGCUGAGCCUGAGUGUUUGACAUCCGGUGGUCCUGUUGGUAAGGCCCCCCCCCGGUGCUCGAGAUGCAGGUCAAGGGCAUUGACCCCAGGUAUGUGAGUCUCUGCAGGGGGCUUCAGCUUAGAGAGAUUAGCCAGUGCUCAGGUGGCACACAGAGUUGUUCUGCUUCAGCAAGGAUGCUCUGAACCUGUCCCAACAGACUAGACUCUUCACAAUAGRAACAGAUUAAACAAAGAGUUUGAUCCGUCCGGAGCCGGUUUCAUUCAUGCAGGAUUUCUCUCUGCUGAGGCAAAAGAAAAGAUAAGAAAUGAGACGUAACUGCAGAAUUUGCACUGUAGCGAUAUUAUAUACGACAUGCAAAACUCUGUGACAACAACAAAAAAAAAACCUUAUUUUUUUAAUGUUUAGCAAAAAUCAGGAGAGGAGUUACAUAGGUGUAAGUAAGGGGCGGAGCUAAUAGGUGAGGAGAAGGAUGCUGCAUGGCUUUCAGGCAGACAGGAGUCCAGCAGUGGAAACAGCAGCACAGCAGUGUGGGAGGAUGACUCCGCCGCUCUACAUCACAAUGUACAAACAGCAGUUCAGCUCUCCGGGGAAAGUGAGACGAACAGAACUUCGUCCGACUUCAGCCCACCGCAGGAACAACCCUCAGCCUCGCUCGGACUUCCUGUUUCCUCACAAUCUUUUGUCCAGCCACAAGGCGACGCGUGCGCUGCCACGCUCCUCGACCCCUGCGGGCUCUGGCCGCCCUCUUUUCCCCCCCGUGAGACAUUUGUCAUUUCACAGUCCUGUCCCGACUUGUCCUGAAAACUCGGACAAACCCCAGCACAUGCCUCCUAUUAACACAUCUGACAGAGGGCAGAAACUCCAUCUGACGGAGCCUCCUGCUGCCUCUGACGUCCAGCUUCUGACCUCUUUGAAAAAGCCCCGAAAGGCAAUGGAUUAUCAGAGGAAUACUUAUCCACUCUCAGCUCGCCAACUCAAGCUACAAGCAAGACCCCAAACAAGCACCCCUCCUGCUCCCUCCUGCUUUCCACAGACACAGUUUAGGAGAUGUUGCUCCAACAGUAAUCCAAGUUAUAGUGAUUGCUACAGCUGCUUCCACGUGGUGAGACCCUACCAAGCUGGACACUACAUCAUCCACCCAGAGUUUGUGUCUGAAAGUCAGUAUUAGGAACAAGCGGAGCGCCUGCACAGAUCAUGCAAACUCAAAUAAAAUAUGAGCAAUAAUUUGCUCAUUAUUUCAUUUUCUGCUAAUAAACUAACAGUGUAAAAGUGAA